CUUGUGAUCUGCUUGUCCCUGGCCUCACCUCCUGCGACAUCAUUCUCUCUUUCGCGCUUCUUCCAGCACAGCCAUUGAAAUUGAUCAGCAAUUCCUCAACUUCAUAUCCAAGAUACUAUCAAGUUUCAGACUCAAGCAUCGACCCCAGAACAAUAUUGCGACCCCGAUUGACGAUCUUAUGACCCCUUCCGCACCCUACGUACACCUCUACCAACCAACAAAGGCCUCCCACUGUUCCCUUCCGCACAACCCUCGCGACCUGCCUGGUGCAUGCAAAUCAAUUAAUACAUUCUACACAUUACAUUCAUACCUAAAAACCGACGUUUCAAUAUUUGAUUCCUCCGACAUGUUAUGCAUUCAAUAUUGUCUUUGAGCAGCGUCUCUCUCCGAAAGCCCCGCUGCGACCCUCGAAGCGACUGACCAACUUUCCCAAAUUACAUCUUGCACAACAACCUCAUAUCCCUCGAUAAAACGGUACCACUGUCAGCGAAAUGUCAGCCAAAGAAUCCUCCAUCAAUGACAAAAGUGCUGCUCCUAGCACUGAGUCCAAAGAAUCAGCCUCCCCGUUAUUGAAAGACCCCUCUGUCGAGCGCAACGAGAGACAAGUCCUCGGGUCAGCAGCUGGAGAUACAUCUACAAAGCCACGAAAGAGAGACUUUUGGAAGUUGGGUAAAAAGAAUGACGAAGAUAAAUCCAAGGGUAAGGGACCUGCAACAUCCGCCCCUAUGCCUAUUAGCCCACCAGCUGGGUUAAUUCCAGUCUCGCCUGGCCGAUCUCCAGAUAUCCUCGCCGGUUCUGUUUCACCGCAUAGGACAUCCAUGACCUCUCCGCAUCCAGUCUCGCCCGGGCUAGGCAGGCAAAGCGCCUCUCCCAGGCCUCAGUCCCCUGCCUCAUCUAUGAUUUUCGAAAGGAAUGUACAGGAUGAGGUGGUCCACCCAGAAACAUCUCCUCAUUUGCCUUCCCAUGUUAUCAUGGAAAACCAUAUUGCGCCUGCAUUGGAUGCGUCCGCUGAAGCCAUUACAAACGAGAAACUUGAUCCAGACACGGUGGAGAUUGUGACGUCCGCGACACAUCAGCCAGCGGCCGUGACAAUCACAGGUUUAGGCAACGAGCAAUCCUUGGCCUCGUCCAUGCAGGAUGAAUUCCCUGCCCCUUCAACCCAUCGCCAAGACACGGACAACACGUCGACCUAUGGUUCAUUGGACUCGACCGAUGUGCGCCGAUUGAGCUUCAUCUCGUUUGCCGAUGUGGUUCACGGAGAGCAGGAGGCGGGCGAUGUGCGACGUGAUUCGGCUCACUUGUCUGGCCACCCAUCUCUUAUACCUCCCAGAUCCCCUUCUCCUGUCAGAUCUCCCACCUCUUCCGCGGCGUUUGGGACCUCCCCACCAACCAGUGUUACGGCCUCGGUCAAGGGAUUCGAGACGUCCCCGAACCGUGCUCCGCGUGGCACUGGCAGUCCAUUGCCAGGACAGAGUUCGCCAUUGGCCAUGGGAAGUGAAAUCAACGUCGAAACUAUGAGGCAAGCAUUGCGAAAGACUGGUAGCGGAGACUUGAGCCAUUUUCGAAGUGCGCCAGCCAGUGCGGUCGGCAAUGACGAUGGGACAUACGAUCGGCCUUUUAGAUGAGGAAUGAGUGCAAUAACAAGACACACAAGGGCCCAGAUAUACAUGAAUUUACGCAGGCGGAUUUCAUGAUGAUUGGAUGGUGGCUAUAUGGGAUCCAAUUGUGGGUUGGGGUCGAACGGAUGAAAUGGAAGAUUGGAGGGAACCAUCUUUACGACCUGGAGCUGACCGUUCAUUUUUUGAGUUCGUCGAAUUCCGAAUUCCUUUUCUCCUGAUCCUGGCACCAGGAUGCGGCGUUGUCUCUGAACCGAUGAUUUUUAGAUACCACUUUUGUUUGAAUGAUGAUGAUUCUGUUUUGA